CUGACGGACGAUCGAACGGAUGGCAGCGCAGGAUAUUCCAAUUCUACUUGCAAACUUUAAAAAAUGAAUUUAUUUAUUUAGAACUUCAUAUAAACAAGUUUUAUUUUGUGUUGUCCAGUGACUAUAGUGUUUAAAAACAGUUUUAUGGCAAAAUAACCAAAAUGCAUCGGCGGAGGGGUCCAAAUUUUACCUAUGUUAGUGGAUGUGUAAAGUAUAUGAUUUUUGUGUUAAAUUUCAUAUUUUGGUUAUUUGGUGGUCUUCUCAUUGGUGUUGGACUGUACGCAUUCAUCGACAAAUGGCAGGCUACGGGAUUAAUAAAGUUGGACACAGUAUACGACGUGAUGCUAAACAUCAGCUUGCUUAUCGCGCUGCUCGGCGGGGUGGUGUUCAUCGUCAGCUUUGCGGGCUGCGUAGGCGCACUGCGUGAGAACACCUGCCUGCUCAAGUUUUACUCGCUGUGCCUGCUCAUCCUGUUCCUGGUGGAGAUGGGGGGCGCGGUGUGCGGGUUCGUGUUUCCACGCUCGCUGCACGGCCUCCUCGAGCUGAGCUUCACGGAGCGCGUCGUGCACGCAUACCGGGACGACCCCGACCUACAGAACUUCAUUGACUUCGCACAGAGUGACUUCCACUGCUGCGGCUUAACAUCAGACGGCUACAUGGAUUGGUCGAAGAAUGAAUACUUCAACUGCUCAUCCCCAUCGGUGGAGCGCUGCGGCGUGCCGUUCUCAUGCUGCAUCAACGCUACCGACAUAUCUUCAGGCCUUGUCAACAUCAUGUGCGGGUACGGCGUACAGAACUACCCGGUGGCUGAAGCAAGCAAGCGUGUGUGGACGAGCGGGUGCAUAGAGAUAGUGAGACUGUGGGCAGAGCGAAACCUGUACACGAUCGCGUCAGUGGCGCUGGGUGUGGCACUCUCACAGCUGUUCGUCAUCUACCUCGCCAAGACCCUCGAGGGGCAGAUCGAGCUGCAGAAGUCUAGAUGGCAAACAUGAAACAGGGGUUCAGCGGGCGCGUACCGCGACGACUGCCGCCGCGCGCUGCUGUAGCACACCGCGCCCGCGCCGCCCCCACCGGCGCCCCCAGCGCCCCCGCCACUACCGCCCCCAGCGCCCCCUGGACCCUCAGUAGCGCCCCCAGUGCCUCCACUCCCUCAGCGACCCCUGCUCGCGCCCGCAGGUACGUCCCGCCAAUACCCUAAAGUCACCGAAACGAUCGUCGUCGAAGACAUAACCCAAGAAGAACUAGCCGCCACGAUCGGACUCCUUGCAUUAUUCGAAGAAAACGAUAUUGAAAUAGAUUUAACUGAUCCGUACUCCUCUCCUACUGGUUUUCCAACGAAGUUUUAUAUCUACAAGAACGGCACUCCAGAAAUGCCUCCUCAUUACCAAUCCCCUCCGUCGUAUUCCCCCAAUGUGCGCGACUCUCCGGAAUAUCCGCCUCCUAGAUACGCGGAUUUGUCGCCUACUGCCCUCUCAGUUCAGACGCGACCCUCUGAUCCUCCGGGGAGGACUUACUUCUUGCACCAAAAACCUUCACGUCCUGUUCGAAAGCGGCGUGACGGGCGCAUUGGGCCUUUAUCACCCAGCACAGAUAACCGAACCGAUGACAUCCGAGCACCUUUUGGUGAGGAAAACAUGAAACCUCGCCCUCCGAGUCCUAUCAGGACUGGGCGCAGCGGGAUCCUGGCACCAAACCGGCCAGAUAUGGAGCUUCCUCUGCUCAACGACGAGCAAUUUACAGUGGACAUGGUACAACCAUUGCCGCAUUUGGUUUUGGAAAUGAAUGAGGACUUUGUCCAGGGGGAAUUGAGUCCGUUGUCAAUAGAAGACGACACGGAAGAAAGACUGUUGAGUUACAUGCGUAACAGUCGCGGGCAGUCUGGCUCAUCUUUGCAUAUAUAAUGUGCCAUGAGAUUUAAAUGCAUUUUCAACCAUCUUUGUAUAACACUCAUGUAGAAUAGGUUUAGAAAUGUUCAAUGUUGUUUAUAUUAUACUUGUUUAGGCGGGAACCUUAGAAUCUUGGAAUUAUUAAAAAAGAAACUUAUUCUUAUUCACAUAACGCCUGUAUCCUCAAAGGGGUAGGCUGAGGUAAAUAGUACCAAUAAUUACACCUAUUCCUUGUCCAUGUAAUAGGAUGAUCCAAAUCCUGAAAACCACGUGAUAUGAAUUAUCCGUGGUAAUAAUAAAUAAAUAAGUUCAUCGUCAUGUUGGGAUGGAUCAAAUAGAAAGACGUCCUUCCUUUUGUAAUAAUGAUUAAAAAGUGAUAAACUAAUAUAAAUUGAAGAAACAAGUUAAUAUUUCAAAUAAACAAUCUUUUAUUGAGACAUAUCAUGAAAUUAUGGAUCUACCUUCUCCACUCCGAUGUCAUCAGUCGUCCCGUGAUCAUGGCACUUGCAACAGUGUUGAGAUAUCGGGAGUCUCAUAUCCCUGAUUAACGCGGUAAGUACCCGGUAUUAUGUUUUUUGACUACAUAUCAUUACUCCACAAUUUAAUUAAAAACAAACUAAGGUUCCCGCCUAAAAGAUCUCUAACUUUGAUAGUCUACUAAAUGUUCAUAAAAUUAAGAAUCUCAAACAUAAAAUAGAUAUAUGUUGUAGCCAAAAUAUGAAUUAAUCAAUCUUUGUAUUAUUAAUCGGUCUACUGCGAUUAUUUAGACCACAUCAUCUUUCUCAUUUGAGCAGCUUUUUAUCUAUAAGAGCGGGAAUAUACAUCAACCACUGUUAUCCGAUUUUCGGAUCUGGCAUCACAAUUGAAUUAUGGAUAGGCGUUCGUCUCAUACAUUUGUACAGUCAGAAGCAAAUAGUGACAGUCAAGUUAUACAUAUAGUUAGCACCAUCCAGAAUGUCCAAUAAUUAGGGACGUUCAAGGUGGCCGUAUAGAUAGUAACACUCUAAGUGACCAAAAACUUCGGCACAACCUGCGUGUUCAAAGAGUUGGCAACAACCUAAUCGUCCACAUAUUUUUGAACAUCUUGUCUGCUAAGAUACCAUUGCGCAGUGAGUGUUGUAAUAUUUAAGCCCAACUAUUUGACAUUGUAAGCGUCUCGCGAAUCUUGCAGAUUAGGUUGUUGCCAACAUUAUGAACACGCAGGUUGUGCCGAUAUUUUGGUCACUUACAGUGUUACUAUCUAUACGGCCACCUUGAACGUCACUAAUUAUUGGACAUUCUGGAUGUUGCUAACUAUAUGUGUUUCUUGACUGUCACUAUUUUCUUCUUACUGUAUAUUUGUUUGAACGAAUGGCCGCGUUUCGGUAGUCGAAUCAGCCAACAAGGGGCAGUUAGCCAUAUUGGAAACGAUUUGCAACAACAACAACAGAUACAGCAACAGUUCUUAUUGUAGAUUUACAGCAAAUUAGUGUUGUCGAAUAAUCGAUUAACGAUUAAACGAUUUACGAUUAUUUACCCCCCUCUCUCUCUCUAUUUAAGAGCUGCGCUCUUGUCGGUGGAGUAAUCGCCAUUCCUCUCUUCUUCCCGCCAAAAUCUUCACCUCCCGAUACGACACGACCUGCACCUUCUCUUUUAUUUGUUUCAUAAAUGUUAUCCUAGGUCUACCCCUUCCUCUCUUCCCUUCAAUUUUUCCUUCUAUAAUGUUUGUUAUAAAUGAAUACCCCUAAAUAAUCUAAAUAUUGAUAUGCCUGUCGAUAUUAGAAAUUCUACAAUUAUAUCAAUUACAAUCGAUUAAUCGAUUAUAAUGUAAUAAUUGUUAUAUAUAGUCGAUUAUAUCGAUACUAUCGGUAGGCAUAUCGACAUUUAGAUUAUUUAAGGGCUUAGAAUAUAAUUUAAUUAUUGAUCGAUAUACAGUCGAUUAUCGGGCAACACUACCGCAAAUGGCAUUAACUACUUGGCCGGACAAAUGGGGAGCGCUGAGGGCUCUCACUGGGUAAACAUAGUGACAAAGUGAUAAAAAUCUAUGGGGAUUGUUAUAAGGCUGUCACUGUCAUUGUCCUUGUUAAUAAUCGUUUGCAACUUGCCUAAGGCCCCUUAUUAAAAUAACUUGAUGCAUAAUCCCGCUCUAAACACCUCUAUCGAUCGAUAUAAUGAUCAAAUAUUUGUGAUAUAAAUUUAGCAGUUAUUUUUCUACAUUCUAUAAUCUUGCUCAAAUCUUUCUCGAGUAUACAUACAUAUAGAAAUACCAAAAUUUGCGUUCUUCGAAUUUUGUGAUAAUUUUGCCUACGCUUUAGUGUUACAUCAGUAGUGUAAAUGUAAGUUAUAUUAUAUUGAUAUUAUUAAUAGUGUUAGGAGGUUUAGGCUGCGUUUUCUUGCGUACAAUUGUUCGACCAGAUGGUCAAGCAAAUCAAUCGAAAACACGCAAAAGAAGAAAACAUUUUAAUAUGAGUCAUCACUAAUUUAAAAGCCACGCUCUUCUCGGUGUAGCAUUCUCCAUGCUACAUUUUAGGGAAAAAUAGGGCAGUGGUUUCCCUCCUGUCUUCCGCCCCGCAGUACUCAGCCUGACGCGAUUGGGAUGGCGCCCAGAGUAGUCUAUUUCAAAGCCGUACUAGGACUCCUGUCCUCCACCUCUGAAUAGUACCGAUAUAUACCAAUAGUACCUACCAUUGUUUCUCAACAUUACAAAACAAUGGUACUUACAAAACGAGUUUUCAUACAGAGCCGUGGUAACCAAGUUGGAAGAACGCUUCGAAUCUCAGUACGGGACAAAACCAAUAAUUUUCAAAUUUAUUUCGAAUCAAUGUUUGAAUCAAUUAAUGAUUAUCACGUGCUCAGCGGUAAAGGAAAACAUCGUGAGGAAACCCACAUUCCCGAGAAAUACGUUUCGUAGGUAUGUGACCUAAUUAAUCUGUAUUGGGGUUUCCCCUUCGCGUCUGUAAAACUGGAUCUGUCAAAUCUUCAGGUUAGGUAAGCGGACCCUGUGAAAACGGGAUAAUGCUAGGGAACUGAUGGACAAAUAGCAUUUAUGAAAACGCAGCUAAGUUUGUAUAUACAGCAUUAUCUCGAGGUUCUGUUCUUAAAACUACAUUAAGAAUGAAUAUAAUUUCUUAUAGAAAAAAAGUGACAAAAAUGAAUUGUUAGGAAUUUUUAAUAUUGUUUUAAAUCCGAUUAUGGUGCCGAUUCGGUCUACCACCAACUUAGUUUUUAACUUAAUUUGACACGACUAAAACUAGCUCUGUCUAUCUCUUUCUUGCACGUAUUGUAAGUGAGAGACGACACUAGUUUUAUGGGCUGUCAAACUAAAAUUAGGUUAAGUUUGUGUGCUACGUGGUAUAAGAAGACCAGGUAUGCUCAAUCCUAUGACAAGCCGCCAUUGCUAGCCCUUUGAUGGCGUAAGUGUUACCACUGUGUUACCAUUAAAUUGAUAUCUCCAACAUUUCAAGGACGUAAAUUUUAUUAUUGAAAAUUAAGCGAAUUACUGAAUAAUGUAUUUAAUUACUAUUAAUUUUCACAUAAAUAAAAACCAUUAGAACUGUAAGUAAAUCUUUUACUAAAAGUUCAAAAUUUCCUUGCAAAGUAAAUAAAAAAACAUUGGUCGUGGGUAAUUUAUUGUUUACAAAAUGGCAACACAGGGCGGGAUGACGUCAGCUGGGUUAACCUUGAAAUGUUAGCUGUCACUUUUGAGCAUACCUGGUUUUCUUAUACCAAGGUGUGCUACCGAAUAAGCACCAUUAUCGGCAAGGGUAUAACUUAGUGCCAGAUGAUUUGCUGAUUAUUAUAAAAAAAAAACUGUUAUUCAAAGUUUAGGUCAGUUUAGAAAAAUUUUGAUUAAUAAAUAUGGAUGUAUGUAACAGGUAUUUUUUUUUAUUAUUAUAAAUUGCCAAGAAAUUACUGUUUGUACGAAAAGUAAAGGUUAAACCAGAUUGUCUAUACGGCCAAAUACAGUAGCAACAAUUUAGUAUGUAAUCUGUAAUAUCUGUCAAUAGAUUUCUUUCAAAAUGGUAUCCGGGCAACCAUCAACUUAGUUUUAACUUAAUUUGACAGGACUAUAACUAGCUCCGUUUCUUUCUUACACUUAUUGUUAGAGAAGGACGCCACUAGUUUAAGAGCUGUCAACCUGAAAUUAGGUUAUGUUGCUUAUUACACCUACCUGUCUGACAGGCUAGAUGCGUCAAGUAGGGCUAACAUGCGCAAUGAUAAAACUUUGUCACGGUCAUUUUGUCGAUUCUGACGAUAUAAUUAUGUCGUUUUGUCGAUUGGUGCUAAUAUGUGAACCCAAAUAAGUCAUGUUGUGUCAAAAUACGAACAUAAUCACGUGUCCCGCAUGUUAGGGAAAAACAAACUUAUCGAUUUCGAUAAAAUUUAUUGAAUCGAUCGAUUAUUUUAUCACGUUGCGCGUGUUAGCCCUAAAGGUCACGGGUGGUUACCAUGGUUACUCCCCAGCAACUCCCGUUUGCCGAUCAGAUCAAAAUAAUAGUAUUUGGUAAUCAGGGGGCUUAAAAUGGCUACAUCGAAGCAAUUCAUCUAAGAAAGCAAUAUUGCAAUUUGACAUAUGCGCAUAUACGUAAAAGUAAGUUCGCAAAGCAAACAAAUGUCAAAUAGCAAUAUUGCUUUCUUAGAUGAAUUGCUUCGAUGUGGCCAUUUUAACGCCUCAGAAUUUCAUAAUUUCUCUUUGACCUAGAAAACUACUCAAUUGUUUCAAAGUGGCCAUUGUAUUCUGGACGUAUACGUUAUUAUUAGAAAAGAUAAACUUAUCUUAAAAAUAAAUAUCUAACAAAACGGACAACCAUAAUUUUAUUUCUAUUUUAUAUUUAAAUAUAAGUCCUGAGAUGUACAUAAGCUAUUAAAAUAUGUAAGUGUUUAUA